AGGCCUGGCUCAAAGACUCCUCUGUAGCGACCGGCCACGAUGCUUGCCUGCACCCGCCGAGCCGCACGGAAGGCAGCGCCUGCGUGGGCGCAUGGCUUUGGGCCCUGCCUUCAACAGAGGUAUCUGCACCAGAGCAGCCCACGCUGGAGCAUGGCUGUGAACCCGGGCUUUCCGGUGAUGUGGACCACUAUCCACGACAAGCCGGGCUAUGAUGAUUUUUUGGAGUUGGAGUACGAUGAGAUGCCGCGCGACGAGUUCGGCGUGCCGGCGCACAUCCCGCCGGAGAUCUCCACCACGAUCCGUCACACCUACUACAUCCCGCCCCAGUACUACCCCUUCCUGAAGAAGCUGGGCGAUGACACCCCUGAGUUGAAGCCCUGGAUGGACAAGUUGAUGAACGGGGAGAUGACCUUCGAUGAUUAUGAGGAGAUGUUCUACCAGUUCGCCAAGCCCUUGAAGAUCCAUCGGCCCCUCAUUCCAAUGCCCUACCGUUCGGCCGAGGAGAUGAAGAAGAGCGAGGAAGUGGCGUGGGAAGGCGCCUGGCUAUCCUUCCGCCAGCGUGUCUUGGGAGACUACACUUCCAGGCACUACUUCCGCGACUUCGUUGGUGGCAUGGGUGUUGGAAUCUUUCUGGCCUGGAUCUAUGUGCAGGCGCAUCGCCAGUACCGCAUUGACAUGAAGCUCUUCUAUUUGGAGGCGCCGGAACACAAGAUCAAUUGGGUCACCCCUCGUGGUGAUCUCUGAGCGAAGAAAGACCUGACAUCGCCCGACCCCGUCCCGACCCCGUCCGCUUCAGCAUCAUCAGCCUUUCCAAGACGGUCCACA